AUUAACUGAACCUGUGGUGAAGUUACACAGUCCACAGUAAACUACGACUCGGUGAGGACUCUCAGAAUCGUCAACAUGGGCACCUUCAAUCGAUUCCCACCAGCUCUCUUGGUCUGCCUGAUUUUGGGCUUUACCUGCGCUCAAGUGAAUGCUAUAAAUGGACCACCCUUGAACUCGACAACAGCCUCUACAGCCUCUCCUCAAACAGGGUGCUGCCACGAGGGCUACAGGUACGCCAAUGGCUGUGCAAUUGAGAUCGGCAAUAUUACGAACACAUGCACAGACGGUGAUUGGGUCCCAGCCCCAGCCCCAGCUCCAGCACCAGCACCAGCACCAGCACAAGGACCAGCCCCUCCACCCGGAAUAAAUGAUAACUAAGGAAGUGUUAACAUCUGAGCUAAAUCAGCAAGAGUAUUGUGAGACCAUCAUAUGUCAACACUGAUUGCCAACACGAGGUGUUAUGCAGAAACUGGGUCAUAAAAAUUAAAAGUGAAGUAUAAUCAGAUUGUAAAAGCGCUUGCUUGCUUCAUCCUAGAGAGGUAAGGAGUGUUGUUAAAUAAAGCCUGGAAUAAUAAUAUUCAAGUAAUUAAAAAUGUCAUAAAUAAAAUUAACAUCAUAUUUUAAUGUGGUGCUUGCAAAUAAAUUGUCCUGUGAUCUGCACUGUUAUGUAAGGUGUGAGAAUCAGCAAGCAUUUAAUUUGACUGCUUUUCAAAGAGUUAACCAUUCAUGCUUAUUCAAACAACUGUAGAAUCACUAUUUCCUUCAUGAGUAGAGAAUCACUUUAUUGUUCCUUUGAAUGAAAGUAGAUUCAACGAUCUUGAUAUGAACUUUAAUGUUAUCACUGUUUUCCAACGUUGGUUUUCAUAAGAUGAAUUGAUGAUUUUGAGUUGCUAUUUCGCUCGUCAUAUAACCUUAACUGG